AGGGAAGAUGAAAAGGAAGAAAAAGAAAAGAAGAAGAGAGAAGAAAAGGAGGGAAGAGAAAAGACGAACGAAGGGAGAAAGGACAGAAAGGAGGAAAACAGAAAAAAAGGCGAAAAGGAGCUCAA